AGGUUAUUGGCUGUGUGUAACUAUUGAAAAGUUUUGCAAUUGUAUGUCUUUCCUGUUAAAACUUCAAUAAUUGAAGCAAUUGCGGUGGAUAAUUAGUCAACAGAAAGUCUCGUGUUUCGUUCAUUGACACCAAAGGUAAAAAAUGAGCGACUUUUUAUGGAGCUUGAAAAACGGCGAUCUCGAUCAAGUCAGAGAACAAGUUGAGAAAAAUAAAAUUAAUGUAAAUGAUUGCAUUGAUGGAAGACCACCUAUUCAUUAUGCUGCUGAUUAUGGGCAGACAGAAGUAGUUCGAUAUCUAGCUGAAAAGGGAGCAGAUGUAAAUGCAAAAGAUAAACAUGGCAUCAGUGCUCUGUUGGCUGCUAUUUGGGAAGGUCAUACUGAAUGUGUUCGUUUCAUGCUAGAAAAAGGAGCAAGCAAAAAGGGAACAACACCAGAUGGAAUGACUUACAUUGAAGCAGCUGAAAAACAGGAAAUCAAAGAAUUGCUCAAAUAAAUGGUGUGAAAAAGUGUUGGAGAGUGCAACAUGCAGUAAAUAUGCCUAAUUAACUGUUUGAGGAUGAGUCAAAAAUUAAAACUUUGGUCUUCAAAUGUAUAAUGUAUUUUGUGAGAAAUGUUAACUGAAGUGCAGUUAUGAGUAAGAAGAAAUAUUUAUGAUUUCGCUGAAGUGAUUGCUAAUUUUUUAUGGAGCUAGAUGUAGAAAUCUUCCUACAAUUCCUCCAAAGUUACUAUGUUAUAUAUAUAUAUAUAUAUAUAAUAUAUAUAUAUAUAUAUUUAGGAAUCAUAAGAGGUAUUUGUGCCUUAUGCAAUAUGAGAUGUUCUAUGUUAAUUCAAAUUUUUGUUGGUUGCUGUUUUUCCUUUUUAAUGGUGGAUACAAAUUCAAAAUACUGUUGUGUCAAAAGUGUUGACAGAUAAUUCAAAUUUUAUCCAUUCUUGCAUAUAUUUGAUUCAAAUUUUUCUUAGAUAACUUGAAAAUAUUUUCAUCCCACUGUAUUAAUUAGUUCAGAUUAUCUAUUGAAUUAAUAAAAGAUAAAUUUUCUGAUGUU